GGCAGGAGAACGUUCAGGAAGGAAACUACAAGCUGUCAGACGGGAGUCCACCUUCUCUGAGGUGAGGAAUGGAGUGCUCCAGGAACUCUAUCCUCCUCGAGACGCUCAAAGAAAACUUUCCAACUUCUGACAAGAUGUCUGGAAAAAUGACAGCUCACUCAUAGAGGAGCUACAACAGGGGCACAGAGGUAAUUUAGCGUUAAAGAAAAUAAAAUGGCGUCGGAGGUGAAAUUAAACGGGAGCGAACUUUUGGAAGUUGACAUAUGCGACGUUGGCGGCGUGUGUUCCGAGGACGAGAGCGGCGUUUUUGUCAACUCCGUCGCCUCCCUCCAGGAUGAUUUCUCCGGCUUUCAGCGGUGGACGAGCACCGCCGAGUCACCUAGUGACACAUCAUCACCUCCGGGACAGCAGGUCCUCGGCUCCACCGUUACCGCCGCUCUCAGGACCAGCACAGCCGGUGGCAGUGACUCCGAGUCCCAGGGAGAUGGAGUUAAAUCCCUGAGGACUUCCAUAGUGGACUGUCUGCUGGUGGAGCUGUAUGAGACGUACAGUGGAGGCAGCAGGAGGAAUCUGGACAGCCUGGACAGCUCCACCGAGGCGUCCAGCUCUGAUGCUUUCCUUGGCCGCAGUAACUCCGGGUCCAGCUUCCUCCAGGAGCUCCAGGAGAAGCACACCAGGAGGCAUCAGAUGAAUUACCUGGCCCAGAAAGCCCCGGAGGAGCUGCGUUCAAUCAUCCAGGAGGUCAAAUAUCGUACAGGCCUGCAGUCGGCCAAGCUGCUCCGCCAGCUGAAGAGACGAGACCGACUUUACCACAAACUGCAGAAGAACUACGACAUCAUCACAGCUUGCCUUCAGGCUGUCUCACAGAAACGACGAGUUGACACGAGGCUGAAGUUUACCAUCGAGCCAUCGCUGGGAAAGAAUGGAUUCCAGCAGUGGUACGACGCCCUUAAAGCAGUGGCUCGGCUCCCUACUGGGAUACCCAAGGAAUGGAGGAAGAGGGUGUGGCUAACGCUAGCAGACCAGUACCUCCACAGUAUCUCUAUUGACUGGGAGAAGACGCUUCGUUUCGCCUUUAACGAGCGCAGCAACCCUGACGACGACUCCCUCGGCAUCCAAAUUGUCAAGGACCUGCACAGGACGGGCUGCAGUUCUUACUGCGGCCAGGAGGGGGAGCAAGACAGGGUGGUGCUGAAGAGGGUGCUGCUGGCGUACGCCCGCUGGAAUAAAACUGUGGGUUACUGCCAAGGGUUCAACGUACUAGCUGCACUCAUACUGGAAGUUACAGAGGGCCACGAGAGCGAUGCACUCAAGGUGAUGAUCUAUCUGAUUGACAAAGUGCUGCCUGAGAGUUAUUUUGCCAACAACCUGCGAGCAUUGUCAGUGGACAUGGCGGUGUUCAGAGACCUGCUGCGCUUGAAGCUGCCCAGACUGUCCCAGCAUCUCCACCACCUUCAGAAAGAUGCCAACAGAGAAGCUGGAGGCAGCUACGAGCCUCCGCUGACCAACGUGUUCACUAUGCAGUGGUUCCUCACCAUGUUUGCCACCUGCCUGCCGGCGCCCACCGUGUUGAAGAUCUGGGACUCGGUGUUCUUCGAGGGCUCAGAGGUGCUGUUUCGGGUCGCCCUUGCCAUCUGGGAGAGACUGGGAGAGCGGAUCGAGUACUGUCAGACGGCCGAUGAGUUUUACAGCACGAUGGGGUGUCUCACUCAGGAGAUGCUGGAGCGCAACCUCAUCGAUCCGUCUGAACUCAUGCAGGAGGUUUACUCCAUGGCAGUGUUUCCUUUCCCUCAACUGGCUGAGCUGAGAGAGAAAUACACCUACAACAUCACUCCGUUCCCUACCUCAGUCAAAUCCAGUGGAAGUGGCGGUCUGGGCAGCUGGGAGAGCGAUGAUGACGCCGAAAUGGAUGAUGAGGACGCUGUGGUGACGGCGCUCGGUUGCUUGGGUCCCCUGGGCGGCCUGCUGGCCCCCGAGCUGCAGAGAUACCAGAAACAUCUCAAAGACCAGCGAGGGGAGCAGGGGAACAUCGCAGAGCUGAGCCCAGGAGCGGUGGGAGCUGGAGGGGGAGGAGGUGGAGGAGGAGGAGGAGGUGGUGCCAAGGCGGAGCAUCAAGCAGCAAUAAACAGCAUGAUGAUGGAGAGAAUGAGCACUGACAUCUACGCCCUGAAGAAGCAAUACACUCGCAUCAAAAGGCGGCAGCAGCAACAGGCUAUGCAACUCUACAUACGCACAGGACCUGAACAUGACGUGGCCACAAGUCCAGGGGUUCUCCAGGAGCAUCCCAACAAACACAGCGACAGUACCGACCAUCACACUGACGACAAGUGUCCCGCCACCCGUGUCCUGCCCUCCCAGCUCAACCCUUCCAGCGCAGUAAUCAACCACCUCCUUCUGGGCCGGAGACCACGUGGGGAUCCCCGAGGCUCCAGACCCACAUCCACUAACGCAUCCACACUACCAGGGUCUCGACCUCCUUCUCUGUCCCAGAGUCAGGGCUCCCCGGCCAGGCAGCGUUGCGGCUCGCUGCUCUCCAGCAGCACUGGAUCUCCAGGGAGCUCUGGAGGAGGCGCGGGGUCGCCCUGGCGCGCUCAUGUGCGGGUACAUCGGAGGAAUAUAGCCAGGGCUCGAGCACAGCUGGGCUUUGGAGAUUCAGAGGAAAGGGAAGAUGAGGAGGAGGAGGAGGAAGGAGGAUCUGAGGGCUUUGAGGGUCAAGAGGAGAAGAUUAAGGAAAAUGAGAGAGGUGAUGAGGAGCAGAAAGAGGGGAGUGACUCCUGUGGGUCUCCAUCUCCUGACCCCUCUGGUACAGGGUCAGUGUGUGAAGAGGCUCCACAGGAUGCGGAUGAGAUAAAAGAGGCGGAAGUUUCAGAGGUGGUGGUGCAGCUGGACUCCCUGGAUCUAGAGGAGGAAUCAAACCCACUACCAGAGUCCAAACCUGCACCCCAGGUUCCUCUUCUCCCUCCUCCCCCGUCCUCAAACAGACACAAAGAGUCUGACUCCUCAGGUUCAGAGAGAUGCACCGCCUCUGACAGACUCUUUCCCUCCAUCGCUUUACCUCCACCUCACCACUCCCUCAGCUCCUCACCCUCCACUCUCAGUCCAUCCCCCUCUCCAGUCCCUACAUCGACUACUCUCGGUCCGUCCUGCUCGUCCUCUCCUACACCACCCUCCACCCCAACGCCAAGCUCCGCAUCCUGCCUCCCCUCAUCCCCAUCAGCUAACGGCCUCUCCUCUCUAACUCUCCCCGCGUCCUCCACCUUUUACAAAACCUCCUCCCCCUCCACUCCUUCACUUUCCUCCAUCUCGUCAUCAUCCAAAUCUCAUUUAUCCUCUUCCCCUUCGACCCCUGCGCUCUCGUCCACCGUCGCUCCCAAACAGCAGGUCUUUUCCCCGUUUCCUAGCGUGAAGCAGCCGAGGAAAUCGGCAGCAGCCAGAAAUCUCGGCCUCUACGGUCCAACAUCCAGAACACCCACAGUACACUUCCCUCAGCUCAGCCGCAACCUCAACCGCUGUAGUGCUGCUGGCGCCACCGGGAGCCGAUGAAGACCGCUGCGCUCCUGAACUGCUAGAAACACACAAUCGUUACAUGAAGAAUCAUUCUAGUAUCUACACCAUGUUGCCUCCUGGAUAUCAAGAAAAUAACCCUAAUAUUUAAGAAUGACGUAGCCGAUUCGUGUGAAGGAAACCAUUUUUUUCAACCGCAUUGUUACUGUACAGCUGAGAACCACAGGACUACAGGACGAUAACAGUGUCGAGCCCUUUACAGUGGCCUAUGCAGGUCUUUCUUGACUGUAAUGAUAAAAAAUGAUGUAGACUAUGUUUGACGAACUCUCUAGAUAGUUACAUUUCGUCUGUGCUGGACAUCUGUGUCUCUUCAGUUGUGAUUUUAGUUUCCCUGGACUGAAACAUGAAGACGCUCAGCUUGGACGAAUUCUUCUUUCUGGACCAUAUGUGGCAACAUGAUGAAGUACCUUUUUCCUAUGAAAUCACACAAUAGCCAUCCAGUUGUUUCUAUGCCAAGUAUUUAACAAAAUAACCCAAGAAACAAGACAUACCUAAGAAUUGUUGUAAAUGAGGAAUAAUAAAAAAUGUUCUAUGUGUGUGCCCCAACACAACUUCCCAAUCUUCAAAUGUCUGAUGUCCUGAAGCUUCUCUUUUUUCUUUCUUUCCUCUCUGUCCUUAACUUAAUUGUCUGACACGAGGCUUGUAAUGUCUUGGACGAUAAUGACGUAAGUGUAAAUGGGGAUUCUACUCUGAGACCAGCUUGGCCAACGUUUGUUUUGACCACUGGGGUGUGAAUACUGUGCAAAUGAAAUGUGGCAAAUCUUAAUAUACAGCUAGAAAAACCACAUCAAAUCAUAUUAGUAGCUGUGUUCACAUCAAAAUAAACCUGCACAGCAGUUACAAGGAAACCUCAACGUUUAUUCACAGUAUAUCCAGUAUCGUCAAACCACACCACAUUCCUACUUCAAAACUAAACACUCAACUGCUGCUUUAAAUGAAAUAAAUACAAGGACAAAA